UUUCAAUUUAAUAUCUUUCUCAAAAAAUCAAAUAUAUCAAAUUAUAAUUUACAUAUUGUCAUAUGUUUGCACAAUUAAAUUAUCAUCUAGCUUGUUUAAUAAUACGUCGUACAAAACCAUUAUCAGCAAAUAUUAAAUCUUAAUCAAAUGAAGCUAAUGACACAACUAAAAAUUCACCCAUUAGAUUAUUAUCAUCUAUUGAACUUGCUGAAUUUCAUCAAAUAAGUGAACAAGUAUUUCCAGCUUCAUUACAUCAUCAUGUUUGGAUUGGUAUUGUCAAUAAACCAAAACCAUUAAACACUCAAAAUUUAUAAUCUAAAAAACAUUAAUUCAGCACUGUCAUGUAUUUAAAAAUUUACAAAUAUCUGCUCAUAAUUUAAAUCAAGCAUCACCAGAUAGUCUCAGUCAAUUAGACAUUGAUGCAUUUUUAAAUGCAACAAUUUUAUGUUCAUCUGUUAUUGUUGAAGAUCAUAAAAAAGUGGAUUUUUAAAUCUACAAUCAACAAGUACCACACCAAUAAGUUCAACUGUUAUUAGAAAAAAACGUACAUCAUCAGCACAGCCACCAAUAAAUUGUCCAUUAUCAUCACCAAUAUCAACACAAGCACUGGAACGUAUUGAUGAUUCAGGGUUUUGGUGACAGGUUACUAUCAGAAAUACGAAAAAUGUCACCAAAAGACAUAAAAAUCAGGAUAUCAGCACCACAAGAACGUUUGUACAGUACGUGGAUUGGUGGUAAAUUGUUUAUACUAACAUCAAAUUGUGUAUUACAAAAAGACAUUGCAAUGCAGCUGUUAGUUAAAUGGUAUGGUGCUAGCCAAAUGCACCUGGACAACAAGAUUUUACAUCAUUAACAUCUGAUAUUGAAAUGUUAAAUCGUCAUCAAAUAAUCAUGAUAUUUGUCAUAUUGUUUUGAUAAAAAAGAAACUACAAAACUUGUGUGAAAAACGCCCAGAAACAGUUACCAAUAAGUCAGUCACCAAGUAACACUGAAACCAUACACACCAUGGAGUUCUUUCUGGAAUCGAGUACUGAAAGUGUGGCAUUGAUGAAUGCAUUGACGGAAGAAUUCGUGCAAAAAAAUUGUUUAAAAAAAUCAAAUACACGUUUACAAACUUCUACGUUAAAAAAAGAAUUAAGUAUUUUAACAAAAAUUAUUAAUGAAAAAUAUAAUAAUUUUGUUCAAGAUAAUACUCAUCGAUUGGAACAAGAAAUUUUACAGAUUUAUCAAUCUGUCAUGUACAAAUUUCGUGUAUUGAAAGAAGAAUUAUCAAAAUGUCGUUUUGAUAACUCAAGAAAAAUAAGACAAAUUCAAGUAAUUUCAUUUACUGUUUCCCUGGAUUGUGGAAUACAAUAUUUACUGGAAGAUGCCAAUUUAGAGCUGCAAGUAUUUUUUAAAAUUCAAGAAAUGAAAUUAUCAAAACUUUUGUUUAAAUUAGUUUUUGAUUUUUAUGCCAAUAAAUAUGGCAAUAUCAAUAAUGCUAAUGAUGAUGAUGGUGAAAUUGAGGAUGAAAAAUUAUAUACAUAUUUUCAAAAUAUCAAAAAAAAAAAUAUUCAAUUUGCCUCAAGUAAUGAAAUAUCAAAAAUUAUAAAUGAUGUUAAAAAAAUUAAUGAUGAAAAAAUAAAUACAAAAAUUGACAAUAUCAAGAUAAGUAUUGAACAUGAGCUGGAAAAAUUUAAAGAAGAAGAAAAGUUACAAUUUUCAUUAUGGCAAGAAACAUAUAUUAACAAUAAAACAAAUAAUGAAAUUGAAAAUCAAAAAGAAAAAGAUGAGAGGCAUUUGCUUCAUGAAAUAAUGGCAUUUUCAAAUGAUGUAAAACAAUUGAAAAGUCGUCUUGCAUUUUAUUCAGCAUAAGAUUUUUGUGGUGCUAU